UGCCCGAGUGUUCAUUGGAUCAGGCCCCAUUCUGAGGCAUUUCCUUGCAUGAAUCCUUGUUAGCUAGUAACCUUAUGCAAUAUCAUUAUUCCCAUUUUACAGAUGUGGUAACUGAGUCACAGGGAAGGUCACACACAAGGAAAACAAAGGAAAAAAGAACUUGAGGCUAGGAAGUUUGGCUCAAGGGUCAAGUUUUUGACAGGCCACCAUAGCACAGAGAUGCCAGGCUUCAGGAGGGACUAGAAAGGGCAGGAUGAGACCAGAGCUAGAAGGCAGCUGCUGCAGCUGACGUAGUCUUGACUCAGCUCUGAGGUUCGUAACCCUUGGGCCAGGCUCUGCAAGGAAACUAAGCAGCUUCGGCCCCUGAUCCACCCCAGCCCUGUGGGGGCAGCCGCUCUGACUGGCAUCUGCAGCAGGGCACUGGUGUCUCAGGCAUGGAAUCCUGGGUAUCCUUCUGUUGGGGCUACAGCAGCAGCUCCUCCUCUCCCCUCCUCUCUGAAUCAUAAAGCCAGACCCUGGUCCUAUUGCUCAACCCCCGGCUGCCCAGUUCCUGCAGACACCGCCUGACCUGCCUGCCUGACCCUCUCUGUCCUGCAGUGCAAGGGAAAGAUCAGAUCUGUGCCAGGUGCCCUGUAGGCUGUCCAGGGCUGGGGUGACAUGGAGCCUCUGUGGCUACUGGUCCUGCUGGCCAUUACAGGGCUGUCCUGUGCCCACAACGUCACGGUGUUCCAGGGCGUGGAGGGCCAGUCCCUGCGGGUCUCCUGCCCAUACAACUCGGUGGAGCACUGGGGGAGGCGCAAGGCCUGGUGCCGCCAGCUGGGCGAGAAGGGCCCGUGCCAGCGUGUGGUCAGCACGCAUGCCUGGUGGGUGCUGUCCUUCAUCAAGAGACGGAACGGGAGCACAGCCAUCAAGGAUGACGCCCUGGGUGGCAUCCUUACUGUCACGCUGCGGAAUCUUCAAGCCCACGAUGCAGGUCUCUACCAGUGCCAGAGCCUCCAAGGCAGAGAGACCAACACGCUCCAGAGGAUCCUGGUGGAGGUGCUUUCAAACCCCCUGGAUCAUGAAAACGUUGCAGACCUUUGGGCCCCAGAGGAGUCCGGGAGCUUCGAGGGUGCUCCCGUGGAGCACAGCAUCUCCAGGAGCCCCUCAGAAGGAGAGACCUCAUUCCCAUCCACUGCCAUGCUGCUCCUGCUGGCCUGCACCUUUCUCAGCAAGCUUCUAGCAGCUAGUGCCCUCUGGGCUGUGGCCUGGCGCGGGCGGAACACGGGGACAGCUCCAGCCGGUGGCCAGGAUGGUGGCUGCCACUCAGGGCACCUGCUGCAGACCCUGACUGUGUUUCUUAGGGCUGACAGACACAUGAGAGAAGAGGACCUCAGAUAGAAGGAGAAGCCACCCAGCCUAUACAUGUGCCACCUGGCUACCAAGAUGCCUGAUUCUGCUCUGGCAAGGGGCUCCUCUGCCUGCAUCCUGUUCCCCAAGGUCCUGGCAGCAAGGAUGUGUGUGUGUGUGUGUGUGUGUGAGAGAGAGAGUGUGUGUGUGUGGCAGGGGCACAGUGUCUGUCUGGAAGGCGGGAAAACCACCUCCUGGCUUUUGCCUCUUGGGUAUUAAACAUUUUCACAAACACACCCAGGACUCUGUGUGUAAAAAACCAACUGGCCAAUCCAUAA